AUGUUCCUAUUAGGGUGGGCGUUCUACUUCCUGGUAUCGUCGGCGCGUUCUGAGCUGCCGUGGGUGCACUGCGACAACGCAUGGAACACGGAGCACUGCUGGGACUCCGGCCGCCACAACUCCACAAAUCGCACCGAAGAUCUCAAGUACCAGGGUCCGCUGUCACAUUUCACACCAGCGUCAGAGUUCUUUCAUCGUGCGGUAUUGGAGAUGCAGCAUUCAGAAGGUCUGAAUGACCUAGGCCUACCGAAGUGGCAACUGGCCAUGUGUCUAGGGCUGGUCUACGUCACCCUCUAUCUCUCACUCUUCAAAGGAGUCAAGAGUUCUGUCGUGGAUGCUAAGGCCAGUGAUAAUUCCGAAAUUAUAGGUAAAGUGGUGUGGAUGACGGCGACCAUGCCGUACGUGGUGCUGUCGAUCCUGCUGGCGCGCGGGCUGCUGCUGCCGGGCGCCACGCGCGGCAUCGCCUACUACCUGCAGCCCGAGCUCAGCCGGCUCAAGGAUACACAGGUGUGGGUGGACGCUGCAGUCCAGAUCUUCUACUCGGUCGGUGCUGGUUUCGGGGUGCACCUGUCGUACGCCAGCUAUAACACCUUCCACAAUAAUUGUUACAGAGACUGUUUAGUGACGACCCUGGUGAAUUGCUUCACGUCGUUCUUCUCCGGUUUUGUAAUCUUCACAUACCUGGGAUUCAUGUCUUACAAGCAAGGAGUACCUAUAUCCUCGGUGGCCACUGAAGGACCUGGUCUGGUGUUUCAAGUGUACCCCGAGGCAGUGGCCACGUUGCCUGGUGCCAGUCUAUGGGCGAUGCUCUUUUUCUUCAUGCUAAUCAUGCUCGGGCUCGACUCUGGAAUGGGUGGUCUCGAAUGCGUAAUCACUGGGCUGUUGGACGCGGCCCGAGCGAGCGGGGCGAAGCACCUCCGACGGGAGCACUUCACGCUGCUGGUGGUCUGCGUGUCCUUCUGUGUCGCCUGCAUUAACGUCACACCGGGCGUGGUGGUGUUCGGGCUGCUGUACCAGCAGCCGCUGCAGUACCAGCAGUACACGUACCCGCCGUGGGCCGCGGCGCUGGGCUGGGCGCUCGCCUGCUCCUCCAUACUCAUGAUCCCCUGCGUCGCGCUCUACAAGAUAUGCUCCACGCCCGGCACCUGCCGAGAGGUCACCACCUCAACACUUAUCGUUUAUUACAAGUAG